AUGGCAAGAAUCACUGCUGCUCUUGCUGUGAUUGCCUUGUUUGCUGUAUUUCCGAGCAUGGAUGCAACGCAGUAUAUUGUUGGUGAUGACCAGGGUUGGAAUUCUGGUGUUGAUUACUAUUCUUGGAUGGAUGGCAAAACGUUUCAUGUCGGAGAUUCUUUAGUUUUCAAUUAUGUACCUGGGGAUCACAAUGUGAUUGUAGCAGCUAAUUAUGAUGUGUAUGACAAGUGUGCUACUACUCCAAACUUGGGAAUCUGGACAAGUGGCAAUGACGUUCUAACCUUGCCCACCACAGGCACCUAUUAUUUCUUGUGUGAAUUUCACUGCGACUACACCGAGCAGAGGAUUAUGGUAGAGGUGAACAGUUGA